UGCGGCGCUGUUGCGGCGAUGCUGACGUUCCGACUCGGCCGCUCCCGCUUUCUCCUUGUGCUUGCAGCAAUUGCAGCAGCGGAAGCAUUUCGAGCAGACAACGUGUCCAAUUCGACCACGCCAGCCCCGUCGACCGAUGCUCCAACGACAACGCCAAGCACCCCCAUCGUCACAACAGCUCCUCCAACGGAACCGCCAACUCCAGUCCCCACAACGACAACAUCGCCUCCUCCCACCACAACAGCACCCCCUCCGACGACGGCGUCGCUAGCACCUACGACAACUCUACCUCCACAAACGACGUCGGCAACUACGCCAGUUCCAACACCUUCGAGUACUCCUGAUGUAACUACGGCAACUCCAUCACCAUCGGAAUCAGUCAUCACAACACCUCGCCCUGGACCAAACGAUGCUGACAGCUUAGAAAACACACCAAAUCCAACAUUGAAACCUCCUCGCACGACCACACCCCUUCCAACGCCCACGAAUGACGACAGCGACACCAGUGCCGUCGGUACGAUCGUUGUCGCGGGGGUAUCGGCAACCGCUGUCCUCUUGCUCGGUCUCGCCGCUUUCUUCGUGCACAAGAGGCGGCAGUCGCACCAGGACUCAGACGACUCGAUGAUUCUAAGUCACCAACACCUCGACGAGUCGAACCUUCCAUCUCCCACAGUUCGUGCGAAUCGGCCACAGCCUCCAUUCAAGGCAAGGCCAGUAAACCCUCCAGUCAUUUUGGUGGAGCACGAUAGCGUCUUGCACACUUCCGUCGCGCCAGGUGUGAACCCCUCCGGUCGAAAAUCGAGCAAGAAACGGUCGCCUCCGUCAGGAAAGGCGGCCGAAAUUGCUGUGCUCGGUGGCGGCAACGAAGGCAGCGGUCAAGACGACAAUCGUGCAUCGUCUUUCUUCACAUGGGACUCGCGUCGUGGUGGUAUUGAUGACAUUGCUCUGCAGCACCACUUGGAUAAACACGUGAACCUCUACGACGAGCCUGUGAACGACCCUGGGAGCUUUGAAGGCGCAGCGGCAUCCUUCCCUCUCCAUGUUCCGUCGGCCUUGUCGCGGGUGGGGCCAGCCCCGCAGUACCGCACUCAAUCCAAGCGCGAGUCCGAUCUCUCGUUUGUGAGCGAGAAGAGCAUGAGCUACAACGACCACGUGGCCGCCCUCAACACAGACGACGAUGCCAUGAGCAACAUCUCGCUCCUCUCGGACGGGUCCAUCGAUGUCACGACCAAAGCCUUCCCGCCGAAAGAACACCAGCCAGACCCCUCACUCCUCAGCAUGUCCUCGUCUGCGGACAUUUACACCACCAGGGGGCCGGGGUAUAUGCUCGAAACCGUGCGGCAAGCGCCCGUGUUUUCAUUUAGCGGCAGCUCCAGCAACGAACGAGACUCGUAUGAUAGCGUAGACCAUUACACCGGCCAUCGGUCGAGCGUCGAUAGAGAUACCAAUCACUCGACCGAGAGCGGGGAGAGCGGGUAUAACAUAUAACUUGGCGUUCUCCUCCAC